AUGAAGACAGCAGCCAAAGCUGGAAAGCUGGCUCGAGCACCAGCUGACCUCUGGAAAGCCAGGGUCCAGGGAGAUGCAGGUCCCAGUGCCCCAGUGGCCACCCCACUGUUGAAAAAGAUUCCAGAGGUCUUAGUGGACAAAGGCAGCAGGUGCCUUUAUGUAAGGGGACGCUUUCUGAGUAAAGUAGGCUUUGUCAAAUGCUUUGAGAUCUCAGACCAAAACACAAAGGGGGUGUUUGCAGCCAAGAUCAUGCCUAAGUCUUUGCUCACACCCUCCCAGAAGGAGAAGCUGUCCAAAGAGAUUUCCAUUCACCGCAGCCUCUCACAUCAACAUGUCCUAGGCUUCCACAGCGUUUUUGAGGACAGCGAAUUUGUGUUUGUGAUUUUGGAGCUUUGUCGGGAGAGGUCCCUCCUGGAGCUGCACAAGAGGAGGAAAGCCCUGACCCAGCUGGAAGUGCGCUGCUACCUAAGGCAGAUAAUCCUGGGCUGCCAGUACCUGCACCACAAUCAGGUCAUUCACAGGAACCUUAGGUUGAGCAACAUCUUCCUGAAGGAGGAUCUGGAGGUGAAAAUAGGGGUUUUCAGGCUGGCAACCAAAGUGGAAUAUGAAGAGGAACAAAUGAAGACCUUUUGUAGCCCCCAGAACUUCGUAGCUCCCGAAGCAGUGAGACUGGGAAGUUUUGAGGAGGAUGUAUGGUCCAUCGGGUGCAUCAUGUACACCUUGCUAGUGGGCAAGCCACCUUUUGAGACCUCAUUGGAAAAAGAAACCUACCUCCGGAUUCAACCAAAUGAAUACAGUGUUCCCAAGCACAUCAAUUCCGUUGCUGCCUCCCUCAUCCAGAAGAUGCUUCAGGCAAAACCCGCUGCCUGCCCCACCAUUGAGGAGUUGCUCAAAGAUGAGUUCUUCACUUCUGGCUAUAUCCCUGCCCAUCUGCCCAUCACCUGCCUCACCAUCCCAUGAAGGUUGUCAGUAGGUCCCAGUGGCCUGGACCCCAGCAGCAGGAAGCCUCUCAUGGUCCUCGAGAAAGGUGUAGAGAGACCCUUGCCUGACCAUCCCUGGGAAAAGGAGGAACCAGUGGUUUGGGGGACAGGUGAGGCCAUCGAGUGCCACCUCAGUGACAUGCUGCAGCAGCUGACCAGGGUCAAUGACUCCAAGCCCUCAGAGCGAAGGCUGGUGCAGCAAGAGGAGGCUGAGGAUCCUGCAUGCAUCCCCAUCUUCUGGGUCAGCCAGUGGGUAGACUAAUCAAUGAAGUAUGGACUUGGGUAUCAGCUCUGUUACAACAGUACAGGGGCACUCUUUAAUGACUCAACAUGCUUCGUCCUCUACAAUGAUGGCGACAGCCUAGAGUACAUAGACCAUGAUGGUAUGGAGUCUUACCCCACCAUGAGCUCCCACCCUGACUCCUUGAUGAAGAAGAUCACUCUCCUCCAGCAUUUCCGAAGUUACAAGAAUGAACACCUGCAGAAGGCGGGGGCCAACACGGAGGCAGGGGCCAACACCACACCCCGGGAAGGUGAUGAGCUGGUCCGGCUGCCCUACCUGAAAAAAUGGCUCCGCACAAGCCGCGCCAUUGUCCUGCACCUCAGCAACGGCACUAUACAGAUUAAUUUCUUCCAGGACCACACCAAACUUAUUCUGUGCCCCAUGAUGGCAGCUGUGACCUGCAUCAAGAACCAGGACUUCCACACAUCCUGCUUGAGCCUUCUGGAGGAAUAUGGCUGCUGCGAGGAACUGGGUAGACAGCUAUGCUAUGCCCACACCAUGCUAGACAGGCUGCUGAGCUCAAAGUCUCCCAACAGCAGACUCCAGGACAACUCCUAGGCCUCCGUCCAUUGGGCUGGUGCCCCUUCACUCUGCAAGCUCUGCCUGGGGCUGCAUUGCUGGACUUCUGGGACUGCUGUUCAGUAGCCCUAUCCAUGGGGCUGGGUGGGGAAGGGGCUGCUAUGUAAGUUAUUUUUGUAUAUGUUUGGAUCUGAGUUUAUAACCUCUUCCCCUGCCCUCAGUCUACUGUAUAACUUGUAUAGAUAUAUUUCUAUUGAAUUUGAGACUGUUCUUUCCUUGGCUUUAUAUUUAUUCAAUAUAUGUGCAUAUCUUUUCUUA